AUACAUUUUGUUAUCUACAUGGCCUGUGGAUCUGAACAUAAAAAUAUUCAGCUGAUAGCUUGAUUUAUGGAGGCUUGUGGGGUCAUGCUUUUCCCUUCUCUGUGAGGUGUUGUUGAUCUUGGGCUUAGCAGGGCCAGAUGCAGCAGUGAGCAGCAUGCAGAGCUCUAAACUAAAAUUAUUUUAUUAGAAAUCAGGAGCCGGUAUACAAAAUGUGGUAAUGCACUUUUGUGCUGGUAGAUGGGAGAAGAUUGAGUUGGGUAGCAGUGAGGUUAAAGAAGGGUUGUAUUUGGUUUUCUGCAUUCAGAUCAAGUUGCYUGCAGUAAAAGUUAACAUCUUGUUUUACAGUGCAGAGCAGUGGCUUUUCUGUCAGGUUGUGCUGUGUAUUGAGUUUGGGCACUUAGGUUACUCAACAAAUACAGAGGGAUUUGAAGAGUCCAGACCAAUGGAUAGCUUGAAAUAAAGCUGACAGGUGCCCUUCUUCACUGACAAAAUGUCACCUUUGAGAAGGUGUGGCAGAGCACCAUUUCUGGAUCCAUGCCAUGCUGGCUGCAGUGAGUGUGCACUGUUAUGCAAACUGCUCUGGGAGCACCUUCUGCAGCUUCUUUAUCUCCUUGUGCUGAGUCUCAUAACCCACUUACCUGCAUCCUCUCCUCCUGCCUGGAUCAAUGUGCUGCAGGCUUUGCCUUGACCCAGUUUAGACAGAAAGGUACAGCAGUCAGAUGCCAGAAGAUACAUUUGAAAAAGAGCUYCUGGAGGAGGAUUUUCAAAUGGUCACCAUCUUUGAGAUUCCAGAAUGCCAUUGCUUUAAUUCACAGAGUAGGCACUGAUUUGUGAUACCACCAGUUUUUUUUAAGUAACAGCCACCCACAACARCAGGAUCCUUACAGGUGUGGCUUUGUGUAGUCACCCUGACCUCUGCAGCAUUAGGCUGAUUAUCCUCUGGCAGGGGUGUGCUCAGAUGCUCACUGAAUAUAGAAAUUCAACCAAAUUUCUUUGUUUCCAUGUGUACAAACAAUCUGGAAUGCACAAGUUGGUAGUAUCUAUCAAUAUUCUGGAAAUGAUUUGCUUCUGUUAUUAUGUUUGUGGCUUAGCAGCUGUUUGGGGUUAUGAGGUUUAAACAAGCAAGGAAUGUACAUUUUUUCCCUUAUAAAUUACUUUUCUGAAAGCCUUGYAUUUUCUGUGGUAACAAACACCUCAAGAUGCUCCUUGUCAACAAAUUCAAAUCUUUCUCCCACCUUGAAUGUAUUUUUGGUAACUGAAAUGAUAUAUAACUUCCUGAUCUUAGCUUGUCAUUAAACUAAAACUAUAAAUACUAAUGAAGUGGUGAAUUUACAAAUUACAUAAUUUAACCUGUGAAUAGCUAAGGUAGUUGUGAUACAAAUUGAAAUUGGAUAAAAAUGCARAGAUGGGGUUGUCAAUACUUUAAAUAAAAUCAUCUUAAUACUGAAAAUAUUAAAAUGUAGCACUGGUUGCAUUUUUUGGUAGGUUUGGGUGUUUUGUGGGUAUUUUUGCCAAGAAAGGCUGGACCAGAAGAUCCUGAAGGUAUUUCUCCAGCUGUGUGAUUUUAUUGUCAUCACCUGCUUUUUGUGUACACUUUUAAAAGACUGGAAAGUACAGUGAUUUUUCUGCUUUAAGCCCUGCAAUUGUGAAGUAAUAAAACAGAAGUGAGGUAAGUGAUCCUUGCUUUUUUUCACAUCCCUUCCUUUCUCCACUAGAGAUUCCCUAGCUACAAAGCCCCAAACAUUUUUUUCAGCCCAACAUAGAUAAGGGGUGAAACCUUGAAUUAUUUUUCCCCCAGAAGUUUGUAGCUAGUGAAAGGCAGCUUGAAAAUGUGCAAGAGCUGCCUCUUAGGAUGAGAGAGGCCAACAUGCUGUAUUUCUUAUUCAUAAUCCCUUCAGUAAUCCUAAUCCAGUUCAGAUCUGGAGCCUUUAUUAAGCAUCACAUGGUAGAGGAUUCUUAAGGCUGCUCCUAACUGGGCAGUAAAUAAAGGGUCUGCACCAGCUCUGGGCUGCACGUGCACAAACGCAUGGUCUGUCCUGCUGCGUGCCCAAGAUAACAUCUUAAUUGAUUAUUUGGAUUCCUAGGAGGAGUUUUUGCAUCUGCAAAAUGAAUCACAUGAGAUAUCAKUGAUCAUUUGGGUACUGAAUACAAGCAAAAUUUAUCCAGUGAAGAGCUUCUGUUGUGUUCAUCUCAGUGAAUCAGUACAUUAGGACUUGGCAAGCUUUUUGGCGCUGUGGGACAUGUUGCAACUGUUUGGAUUCUGACCAAAUGGUCUUCCCUGCAUCUCUUUUGUGGUUUUGGUGAUAUUGGACCAGUCUGCAACGCUGGAGCAUUGGYUGGAGAACAUGGGAUCUGGUAGUUCUAUAAAGGUCAAGUACAAGGAUUCCCUGCAGAAGUCUGAAAAUGCUUUCAAGGCAGCUGUCUUGAUCCAGCAGUGGUAUCGGCGCUACAUGGCUCGUCUGGAAAUGCGCCGCCGCUGCACCUGGAGAAUCUUUCAAUCCAUCGAGUAUGCCUGUGAGCAGGAUCAGAUCAAGCUUCACAACUUCUUCAGUUACCUCAUGGACCAGUUCACACCAAGCAGCAGCAAAGAAAGGGAUUUUAUCAGUCGCAUGUUCGUAAGUGGGGAAAGUUACAAAGAGGCAGAGCUGGAGAAAUAUUGUGACUAUGAAUCCAUAGAGGUGCCAGAGUCCUACACCGGACCCCGUCUSUCUUUCCCACUCCUCCCUGAUCAUGCCACAGCCUUGCUGGAAGCAUUCAAACAGAAACAAUACCUCCACGCUCGCUAUGUCUUACAACUCCUGCACGAGACCAGGAAGCACCUCAAGCAGUUGCCAAACAUCAGCCAUGUCUCCACUUGCUACAGCGAGGAGGUCACCGUGUGUGGAGACUUGCAUGGCCAGCUGGAUGACUUGUUCCUCAUUUUUUACAAGAAUGGCCUUCCUUCCCCUUCCAAGUCCUACGUGUUCAACGGGGACUUUGUAGACAGAGGCAAGCAGUCCCUCGAGAUCCUKAUUAUCCUCUUUACCUUCCUCCUGAUCUAUCCCAAGGAGGUUCAUCUCAACCGYGGCAACCACGAGGAUCACAUGGUGAAUUUACGCUAUGGUUUCACCAAGGAGGURAUGCAGAAAUACAUGGUGCAUGGGAAAAAAAUCUUGAGGAUGUUCCAGAAUGUCUUCUGCUGGCUGCCCCUGGCCACCCUGAUUGAUCAGAAAGUUCUUGUUAUUCAUGGAGGCAUYUCUGACACCACUGACCUGGACAUGCUUGAGAAAAUUCAAAGGGACAAAUUUGUUUCCGUAUUAAGGAUGAAGAAAAGAAAGGAGUUGAGUAGAAAACCAGAAUUACGGGCCCUAAAUGGGGAGAGCAAAUCAGAGACUGAUGCAGCAGGGAAUGAGGCAGCUGCCAGGUUAUCUCUGCAGCCCCAGUCAGCCCAAGCUCCUAGCACAGCCAACAGGCUGGAGUUCUCCAGGUGGAUCCGGCAAACGGUGCAGGAGCAAAUUGACWCGUGCCGCCGGCUGGUGGACAUCAGUGAGUCAGAGCCAGAGGAGCUCACCUAUUCCAGCAUGGUCUCCUUGAAGGAUGCAGAUGAGCCGUGCUGGACGCGCCAGGAGGAGUGGAAGCAGGUUUUGGACAUCCUCUGGAGUGACCCCAUGCCUCAGGAGGGCUGCAGAGAAAAUAAAGUGCGAGGUGGUGGCUGCUACUUUGGGCCUGAUGUGACAGAGAAGUUCCUUGAGAAGUACAACUURCAGUUCCUGAUCCGCUCUCAUGAGUGCAAGCAAGAGGGUUAUGAGUUCUGUCACAACCGCAAGGUGCUGACCAUCUUUUCAGCCUCCAACUACUAUGAGAUUGGCAGCAACAGGGGAGCCUAUGUGAAGCUGGGACCAGACCUCGUCCCCCACUUCGUUCAGUACCAAGCAAACAAGACAGCCCAUACGCUCACUAUGACCCAAAGAAUCAGCAGAGUAGAGGAGUCAGCCUUUCGAGCCUUGCGGGAAAAGCUAUUUGCUCACACCUCAGCCCUCAUCAGUGCCUUCAAGGCCUACGACGGGGACAAUACAGGAAAGAUCACACUGAGCAACUGGGCAACAGCAAUGGAGUCAGUGCUGCGGCUGGGAUUGCCCUGGCGAAUGCUGAGGCCACAGCUGGUGCGCAGGACUGAGGACGGCAUGCUGGAAUAUAAAUCCUGGCUGGAUGACCUGGCCAUGGAGCAGAGAAGCCAAGAGCGCAUCCAGUCGAGCUUGCUGGAAGUCAUUUAUCGAAACAAAUCCAACUUGGAGACAAUAUUCAGGAUCAUAGACAAAGACCAUUCAGGUCUCAUCUCCUUUGAGGAAUUCCAGCAAACCUGGAAACUGUUCAGCUCCCACAUGAACAUUGAACUCACGGAUGAUGGCAUUAAUGACUUGGUCCGCAGCAUUGAUUUCAACAAAGAUGGGAACAUUGACUUCAACGAGUUCCUGGAAGCCUUCCGCCUCGUCAAACAGUGCCCAUCCUGAGAACCUGCACAGGGUUGCCAUAUCUGAUGCCUUGAUUUCUGCRAAGCCAGGACUGCCUGACCUAACAUAGAGCGUGCCUGCAAAUGCCAAGCAGGGGAAGGGAAGGCAGGUACCCAAAACAGACAUGACUGUCUGCAACAGCUGUGACCCAUCUGGGGAAGGUAACAGCUAAAAUACAUGAACUACGCUUCAAUUCUGACCAUAUUUUAAAGAAGCUGUAUUUUAAGUAGAAUUUCCUGCUCAAAGGRAAGAUACAACUUUGCUUCUCUUGUCAGUGUGAUGAAAUGUUACAGCUAUAUUCAUGAGCAGUAAAGUGGAAGCAGAGAUAUUACUUGUGGGCAAUGUUUUAACUAAGUAGMACAUGUUUGAUAA